AUGACUGGAUAUUUGACAGCGAGAGAAAUUGAAGUCAAAGAAGUGCAGACGGGCUUAUACAGUCGUGUUGAGCUGACUGGAGAGGAACUUGAUCAACAUACUGCUGAUUUUCUGCACUCAGUGGAAUGGACCAAACGAAAUGGAUCAAUAACAUGUCUAUGUGUUAGUAAAACCACCACAUUCAGUGCUGCAUACAGUCAAUGCUGUGGCACAGCUCAUUUCUAUUUAAACAAUAACAGCCUCAUUCUGGAGAACGUGACAACAAAGGAUGAAGGAGUCUUCACUGAAACAAUAAUUAGAGGAAACGGCACUACAAAUAUGCUCAGCUUUACAUUAAUUAUUCAGUACCCUCCAAGUGCAACAGAAAUUGUGGUCUCCUGGACCUCCAGCACAUCUGUGACUCUCAAAUGUGAAGUGAGCGGCUUAUUUCUGCAUCUGAUGUGGAAGAGAGAAGGAUUCCCUAUUCUAGAGAAACACAGACACUCAUUCAGUGAGAGGAACCAAACUCUACACAUCAGCAACAUAACCAGCUCCGAUUACGGGACGUACAGCUGUUUUGCUUCAAAUGCAUAUGGAGAAUCAGAAAAGCACACAUAUAUUACCGGUGAGAACUCAACUGUUAACCGAGGAAAUGGCGCUGGUGGUAAAACUCAGUCUGAUCAGAUUGUGCUUUCAAGUGGACUUACACUCGCAGGAGUUUUGGGAAUGUGCAUCGUGUUCUACUGCCUUCACAAAAACCAUCACAGGGAUGCAGACAAAGUCCAUGGAGUUUAUCAGGAAGUACCUGACACUGAAGAGGUGACUUUUUCUUUGUACGUCUACACAGACGUCAUGACACCGAAAGAGCCCAGUCAGGCCUCCUUUGAGGACUAUUCUGAUGACGGACUCACAUGCAGGGAAGAAACGGUCACUCUUUAUUGGGUCAAUAAUGAUCAGUCCACAUCGUGUCCUGAUGCUGGAGAGGACAAAUGA